UCUUAGAGAGAGAAAAUAGAAGAUAGAGAGAGAAAGUAAAUAAAAUAAAAAAAACCAUAAUUAGCAAAAUACAAUUGUCAAUUGUUUCAUCAUCCAUUCAUUAUUUUUUCCAAAUUGCUUAUGAUGUUUUUGUUCUUGUUGUUUAAGUUGUCGUCAUUUUCUGUUACGAGUUUAUCAUUCUUCAAUCCUUUCAAAUAGAAUCUCUCUCAUCCCUUGUCUCACGCUUACUCUCUUAACUAUUUUUACUUUUUUUUUUAUAAAACAGUAAAUAUAAAAAAAAAAAAAAAAAACCUUGUAAAACCACCUUAAACCAGCCAAAACCACUAUUUCCCGAAAUUCCCGCCGGAAAACCGCUUUUCAGUUUAUUCCACCUCGCUAAAACCGGUUGUUGCUAACGUACACGUUGAUGGGGACUGAGGUGGUGGUGGAUAGAUGGGGGACAUGGGAGGAGCUCCUCCUCGGUGGAGCCGUUCUUCGCCACGGGACGCGAGCAUGGAACGUCGUCGCCGCUGAACUCCGAGCCCGAGCGGUUUGUUCAGACACUUUUACCCCUCAGGUCUGUAAAGCUAAAUAUGAAGACUUGCAACAACGGUAUUCUGGGAGCACGGCUUGGUUUGAAGAGCUUAAGAAGAGAAGAGUGGAAGAGUUAAAAAAAGCUUUGGAACGAUCUGAAGAUUCAAUCGGGUCUCUUCAAUCAAAGCUCGAAGUCCUCGAGGCCGAGAAGAAUGAAAAAAAAGAUGAUUGUAAAAAUGGCUUAGAAAGUCCGGUAUCACAUAUACCGUCCAAGAAAUUGCAGAGAGUCGAAUCUUCGACUAAAGAGACUUCAAAGGAUGAAUUAUCAACUAAAGAGACAUCAAAGGACGAUUUAUCCGCUGGAAGUUUCACACACGAAACGAGGCUAAACUGGUCUUCUGAAUCCCAGCUUCCAGCCGCGUCUGCCGAUGAUAAUGAAACUAAGCCCGAAGUUUCACAAUCUACCGAGCAGAUUAAAGUUUCGAAUGUAGAUAGUUUGGCGAAUUUUUUAUACGAAGGACAAAUAAAAACUUGUAGAAAACCGAGAGGGAAGCGAAAACGGAAGGAUUGUAGCAGAAACAUUAAGGAAGAAGCAAGUGUUGGACUUGGAGAAAGUGACUUAUUAGAUUCGGCCGAUGUUCUUUCUUGGUGUAAAGAAAGUUCUACCAGUAACUGCGGUGAAGUUGCAAAGUCUUCUGAAGAUGUAGAUAAUCGAAAUAAGAACUUGAAAAAUCGUAACGCGGAAGAUAUGAUUGAGAUUUUAGAUUCUAUUUUUGAAACUAAAGGCGCGUCUGCCUUCCGUCGCAGACUCGAUAGUCAGAAGAGAGGGCGGUACAAGAAAAUGAUCCGGCAGCACAUGGAUUUCGACACGAUAAGGUCAAGAAUCAGCAUCCGAACGAUUAAAUCAACCGCAGAACUAUUCCGAGACUUGCUGCUACUCACCAACAAUGCCUUAGUCUUCUACUCGAAGAACACUCGCGAGUAUAAAACUGCUCUCGUUCUAAGAGACAUAGUCACCAAAAAAAUGAGAGAAAAUUUCAAGAAUAGUAAUAAUAGUACUAGCAGCAGCAAAGUCAGCAAACUCGCCGAGCCGAAUGAGUCUGUGAAAUUACCUGUUCAUAAUGUUCAUGUGAAACCGAGAAGUGUAAGACCAGGAAACAGAAAAAUCGUUGCAAAGGCUAGUGGUGGUGGUGGCAACAACUCUGCAUCGGCGAUGUCACACUCGCAAGGAACUAAGAAGCCGGUUAAAGCCGAUUCUUCACCUUCUGUGGAAUCUUUAAAGGCUGUGAAGAAAACUUUUAGUAGACCGAAAAGAGUUGAACGUGUGACUUCAAGUCAAAAGACUACAACGCCGCCGAAAGGAAAGAAAAGAGUUAGAACAAAACCAUAGAGAUUUAUUUAAGGUUUAACCAAUAGGUUUGUGUUUUUUGUACAAAGAUUUUCUAUUUUUUGGUUAGGUGUAUGUAUGCAACCAACCAAAGUGAACUAGGGUUAGAUGCAGUAGGGAAAACUAACUAAAAAUAUAUGAAAUAGUUCUGAAAAUUUAUUGUUAAGAAGCUUAAAUUUGUAAGCAGCAACUUUUUUGUAGCAGUGGAUAUGACUUUCUAUUCAUCUUUUGCUUUUGCUGCAAAAGAUUGAUGAAAUGGAUGAGAAGUGAUUAAUGAAAGAUUAAUGAACAAGAUAAUUUCAUUUUCUGAUCAAAAUUUUAUGUUGGCCUAUGUUUGGUGGGAAGUGUUAGUAAUGAACUUAAACUAUGAAAUGGAAAAUGUCUAU